CAGACUACACCUAUUUUCCUCGCGGAUUUUGUUUUCUGUUCACUUCCUGUACAAAUUAGAAGUCGUGUUGAUUCAUCUGGGGGAUGCCUUUUUAAUCGGAUAAAUCAAUUCAUCCUUAUUCCAUCUGCUUCGCCGCCGGCGACGGCGUAGAUUCGGAAGUAUUCAUUCUAUUUUCCUUUGAAUUUUGGUGGAAAGAGAUGAUGUGGGAUGAUUGGGAAGACGAUUUCCGGCAGGUCCAAACCGUAGAAGAAUACAACUGCAGUGCUCGGCACCAGGAACGACAACGGCGGCGAGACGGGGAGAAGGAGGAGGUGGAAGAAGAAGAAUCUCCUCACAUUAACUUCGAUUUCUUAUCUCUUAUUUCUGCGCCUAAGGAUUAUUAUAGGAUACUGGAAGUGGACUACGAUGCUACGGAGGAGGCCAUUCGAUCAAACUACAUUCGUCUCGCUUUGAAAUGGCACCCAGACAAGCAAAAGGAUCAUGGCAGUGCCACCUCGAAAUUUCAAGAGAUAAACGAAGCUUAUCAAGUUUUGAUUGAUCCAGUGAAACGUCAAGAAUAUGAUAGGAAAGGGACACUUCGUGCCUAUGACUACAAUAUAGUGGAUUAUCUUAACCGUUACAAGGGUCUUAUUUUGACGUGCAAUGGUCUUGGCAUGAAGCACUCGAUAUUGUGAAGCAAAGAUGAACUCAUUUACCAUCUUGUUACAGCAUCAUAUUUCAGUGAAUUGCAACUUUGCAAGUACACGGAUGAAUUUGUACCUUGUAGUAGAUCUUUACUAUAGAGGCUUAUGUAUCUACCAUUUGCUCUUGUACAAAAACAAAUUUGACACAGGCAAUGCCAUUGAUCUUCUUACUGCUCA